AGUCUACUACCAUCGGUGGCUUAGAAAAGCUAGGUGGAGCUGUUGGCCAAGCUAAAGGAUCUAGUUAUGUAGAGUUAUUGGCUGAGUUGGGAAAGCUGUUGGAUGAGCUGGCAGAGAUGUUAGAUGAGCUGGAUAAUUCUAUUUGGGGACAAAAUUUUUGCUCAAUAGGUUUGGCUCACCAAUUGAGCCUUCCACCUCUGCUGGAAAGGAGGCCAAGAAAGAGGGAGGUCCCUUACCCCAAGAAGCUCAGGCAUACGGGGAGGAACUUGAAGAAGCUAGAAGGGGACGUUUAUAAUUUUGGAGUGUCUGACCUUCUAUUGGAUAAGGAGAUGCUUGAUGUGGAGAAAAUCUUUCCUAAUGAUCAAGUCAUCCCAAAGACUUCCCCGCCUGAGGAGGUUGGGAAAAUUCUUGAUAGCUCUAAUCUGCCAGAUGCUAAAGUUAGUGUUUAUGGACAAGCCGAGCCUAUAUCGAUUAGCUUGCUAAGGGCUCUUUGUUUCAUGAUCCUGACCUUACUAAAUGAAGUGUACCAAAUCACUAUUGGAGAUGUGAUGGGGGCCUACCAUGCUUUUGCAAAGGCAUAG